UGAAGGGGGACAGUGACUUCACACCGUCACGAGUGUAGUCAUAGUGCUGUUAUGUCACUAUCAAACACUAUUCAUGUGUUAUUCGAAACAAAGCAGGAACUAGUUAGGAAACUAAAAAAACCUUCGCGCUUCACACACUGCCCUGAGCGGUUCAGACGGUUCGGUGACCGACAGAGGGCGCUGACGGCCCGCCGCCAAGCCGCGCGCCGCACCGCGCCGUGGAGAGCUCAGGUGUCCACCGCAACUCCUCCGCGCGCUUCAUUCCACUCAACACGUCCUAAGCUCUGCGCUUUGAACGUGGCUCACCAGCAAGCGGUUUGUAACUCAUCCACGGUUUGAUACAUCAUGCGCAGAACGCAGCGGCAGGGUAGGCGUCUGCGGCUCGUGUUUUCAACCCAUUGUAGGCGGGACACCGGGAUUCAAACGUCAGCUGAAAAGGACCCUACUGUAAGCCUACUGCUCCGGUAGGACUCCGGCGGACUUUGAUAAUAAAGGCAUCGGACCGCCAACAGCGCCGCUCUGUUCAUAAAUAACCAGCUCUGUUCACACAGCGCCGCUCGCUCACGCCGCACAGCCUCGAUCGACCGCUGACGCGCACGAGUUGGUGAAUGGUUUUCAUCAGCCAAUCAGGAUCGAGCAACCCCCCCCCCCCCCCGCCCGACACGGAGCGCUGUGGAGUGUGUGGAAAGCUCGGGGAAAGUCGUGUGUGUGCGUCUGUGGAGCAAGCAGUGCGCUCGGCUCCUCUCCGCGUGCUUUACCUGCCGUCUUUACUCCGUCGCGCGGACCUUUACACAAGGGGAAGGAGAGCUUUUUGCGCGCCUCCCGGAGGAUACAAGAGGGAAGGAUACUUUGGGUCCACGGAAGGAAGCGCGUUUGACUUUUGAAUAUUUUAUUUCCCUCAUGGUAGCUGGUAAUACUGAUCGGCCGGAGACAUGUGGAAUUGUAUGGGGAAAUUAAAGCGCUUUUGGAUAGUGUCUCUUCUGCUGGCGUUGUCCGCCGAGGUCUCCCAGUCUCGGGGUCACUUCGAGCUGCAGCUCGUGUCCGUGGACAACGCCAGAGGUGAGCUCUCGAGCCGCGACUGCUGUGACGGCGCGGAGAGGCGCGUGCCCGACGACCCGUGCGCUGGAGAGUGCGCCUCGUACGUGCGCGUGUGCCUGAAGGAAUACCAGACAGUUGUGGACAUCACGAGCGCGUGCACGUACGGAACCGAGACCACUCGCGUCCUGGGAGGGAAUAAGUUUCACUUCAAGAGCGCCAAAAACGGCCAAAAUAGGAACGGCGACGCGGGAAAGAUCACCAUCCCGUUCCAGUUCUCCUGGCUGGUAAGUGGAUCUCCGGACGGAUUUAGUCACGGGUUGGAGCUGUUGUCAGGACACUGCUACGUUCUGGUGUACUUGAUCUCUUUUACGGGAAUCCGCUUGGCAACUCUUGAGCGGCGCGCCCACAUCCCGGGGGUUGCGCGCGUGUCCAGACCUAUAUCAUCUCGCGGUGUUCGGGUGGCACCGGCAUCGCACCCGCAUUCUUUUCAUAAUUGCCCGCAUAUGACUUCUAAGAUCUGUUAAUGCGUUGCACUAGUGCAGAGAGCCAUGCACGCACGCACCAUAAUCAUGCUGAGUUACGCACAGCUUAAUGUCAUUGGGUAUGUGUCCGCGUGUGUGUGCGUGUGUGUGUUUGGGUGCGUGUGUGUGUGUGUGUGUUUGGGCGCGCUUGUGCUUUUGUCUAAUGUGAAACAGAAAUGUGUGUUGAGUAUUUGAGUGUUUCAUGCGGUCGGUCACGUUGUGUCUGAUCAACACCAGGAGUGUGGAUCGAUCAGAACCAGUUCCUCAUUGGGAACGUUCAGACUGUUCUCAGAGCUCAGGAGGGGUGUGAGUUGAGCUGAGCUGUCGUGGCCACGCUGCUACUCACCUCACUCACAUAAAUAUUGGGGUGUUGUACCUGAUUCCAGUUUCCAGGCUGCCAUAUGUACAGUCUAUCUGCUAGAACUCCUGGAACGGUUCAUCUGGUAUACACCUGAUGUUACACCUGGUAUUACACCUGGUAAACAUGGUCUACACCUGGUAUUAGACCCGGUAUAACGUCUGGUAUACACCUGGUAUACACCUAGUUUAAAACUGCUAUACACCUGUUAUUGCACCUGGUAUUACACUGGUAUACCGCUGGUUUAAAACUGGUAUGCACCAGGAAUACACCCGGUAUACGCCGGGUAGUGUACAUCGUAAGCUAGCUAUCAGCAUCUAGGAAGAGUUCUCUCUGAGCUUUAUUAGGGUGUUGCAGUGUGUGUGUAUGUUGUGUUUAUGUUGGUGUGUUGCAGUGCGUGUGUGUGUUGUGUUUAUGUUGGUGU